UCCAACCGCUUUUCCCCACUCAGCGACACACCCGCUGAGGAUAAAACUCUGGUUAUUGGCAGCUCUAUUCUGAGAAACGUGAAGUUAGCAACACCAGCGGCCAUAGUCAAAUGUAUCCCUGGGGCCAGAGCGGGCGACAUUGAAUCAAAUUUAAAACUGCUGGCUAAAGCUAAACGUAGAUUCAGUAAAAUUGUUAUUCACGUCGGCGGCAAUGACACCCGGUUACGCCAAUCGGAGGUCACUAAAAUUAAUAUUGCCUCGGUGUGUGAAUAUGCAAAAACGAUGUCGGACUCCGUAGUUUUCUCUGGACCCCUCCCAAAUCUGACCACUGAUGACAUGUUUAGCCGCAUGUCAUCAUUUAAUUGCUGGCUGUCCAGGUGGUGUCCAGCAAACAAUGUGGGUUUCGUUUAUAAUUGGCAAACUUUCUGGGGACAACCUGGUCUUAUUAGGAGAGACGGCAUUCAUCCCACUUUGGAUGGAGCUGCUCUCAUUUCUAGGAACCUGGCAAACUUUAUUAGUAAUUUAAAUCCCUGACAACCCAGAGUUGAGACCAGGACAGAGAGUCGCAGUCCUAUACGCCUCUCUGAGCUUCUAGUUCAGUUACCCAGCCAUAGUUUCCAUAGUUUUAUACAAAUGGUGUCUGUCCCCCGACCACCUAAAUUAUUUAAAUCUAAAAUUAAACAAAGAGGAGUUGUGCAUAACAACCUCAUAAAAAUUAAAAUCUCUUCUGUGACAGAAAGACAAAACAAGAGAAUUAAAUGCGGACUGUUAAAUAUCAGGUCUCUUUCGUCUAAAGUAGUGUUAGUAAACAAAUUAAUAUCAGAUAAUCAUAUUGAUUUACUCAGUCUCACUGAAACCUGGCUGUGUCAAGAUCAAUAUGUUAGUCUAAAUGAGUCCACUCCUCCCAGUCAUAAUAAUACCCACAUUCCUCAAGGCAGCGGCCGAGGAGGGGGAGUUGCAGCCAUUUUUAACUCUAGUCUGUUAAUCAGCCCUAAACCUAAACUAGAUUAUAAUUCAUUUGAAAGCCUCGUUCUUAGUCUUUUACAUCCGACCUGGAAAACUUCGCAGCCACUUUUAUUUGUUAUAGUGUACCAUGCUCCUGGCCCAUAUUCUGAAUUUGUGUCUGAAUUCUCAGAGUUUUUAUCCAGUUUAGUUCUUAAAUCAGAUAAAGUUAUUAUUGUAGGCAAUUUUAACAUUCAUGUCAACGUUGAUAAUGACUCCCUGGCUACCGCGUUUAUCUCAUUAUUAGACUCCAUUGGCUUCAGUCAGGGUGUACAUGAACCCACUCACUGUUUUAACCAUACCCUCAAUCUAGUUCUGACGUAUGGAAUUGAAAUUGAUAACCUAACAGUCUUUCCACAGAAUCCCUCACUAUCGGAUCAUUAUUUGAUUACGUUUGAUUUCUUUUUACUCGAUUACACACCACUCAGCAACAGUUACUAUACUAGAUGUUUAUCAGAUAGUGCUGUCGCAAAAUUUAAGGAAAUGAUUACUCCGUCGUUAAAUUCAAUACCAAGUCCUUCAGUAACAGAGGUUUCCCAUACCGACUUUAACCUCUCCCGAAUUGAUCAUUUUGUUGAUAGCGCCGCUGCGAACAACACUCGACUCUGUAGCUCCUCUUAAAAAGAAGUUAACAAAGCCAAGAAAGUUUGCUCCUUGGUAUAACUCUCAAACCCGUAAGUUAAAACAAAUAUUGUGGAAGUUUGAAAGGAACUGGCGAUUAACCAAACUGGAAGAAUCUCGUUUAAUCUGGGCAGACAGUCUCAAAACUUAUCAGAGGGGCCUCCGCAAUGCCAGAGCAAACUAUUACUCAGCAUUAAUAGAAGAAAACAAAAAUAACCCCAGGUUUCUUUUCAGCACUGUAGCCAGGCUGACUGAGAGUCAAAGCUCUAUUGAGCCUUGUAUUCUUUUAGCCCUUAGCAGUGAUGAUUUUAUGAGCUUUUUUAAUGACAAAAUUCUUACUAUUAGAGGCAAAAUUCAUGACCUCCUGUCCUCAGAUAGUAGGCCUGCCUAUCUAACCUCAAACACAGCUGACUCCCAAAUGAUGAGAAAUAGAUAACUGAUUCAAUAUCACCUGCAUUCCCUGCUUUCCUCAUCUCCACUGAAUUGAUGGAUUUGCUAAAUGGAAUUUUCUACAAUCAAUAGAUAAAUGUAAUGUGAUUAUUUCCUAUAAACUGAUCAUUUCGGAAAUGUCAUCAUCUACAAUCAAUUAUGUAAAUGCGAUGACUGACAUAAACCGCCACUGGUGACACUAGAACAGGGGUAGGCAACCUGUGGCUCUUUAGGCCCUGUCCAGUGGCUCCUUGAGCCUUUGAGAAAAGAAGUCUAUGGAAAUUCCUUCUAUGAAUCCAAAUGUUGCUGAACCCCGAUAGCAGUGGCUGGUUAGCUAUGGAUGCCAAAUCCAAAAAAGAAAAUCGAAUAAAAUAGAGAAUGCAGUAGUGCGUGGACAGAUUUGUUUACUCUCACUGCCAGCUCUGCAAAAUUUAAGUACCAGAUAAUUAUUAAUAGUGCCUUGCACAGUGGCCACCUUGUGGUAAAACAUAUUAAUGAAUGCUUAUUUAGACCAUAAGUGUAUGCUAAUUUAGACUUAACAGGCUAUUUACCUUGAUUAUAAGGCUCAAACAUGUUUUGCAGCU